AUGGAGCCUUCAGAUAUUUCAAUCAAUUCUUGUCUCAUAGCUUCUUCAUCUACUAACCACAGUGAUAUCGAGCCACUCGAUCUCUUUCCAGGCACUGGUCAUAGUUCGCGGCACUACCCAUUUCUGAGCUCCCUAAUCAAUUCUCCAGAGGCACCAUUCAGUGAAAAUCCCAAAGCAAUUGGCGAUGAAGACAUGGAUGCAGAUGUUACGAUGGCCAUAAGGAUUGGCCUUCCUGAUUAUUCCGGCCAUAGCUCCAUUGAUCAAAAUGUCAAGGGAAAUGUCAAUCUAACUGCUAAACAAUAUUGGACACCAACUCCUGAGCAAAUACUCAUCGGCUUUACUCAUUUUUCUUGCCAUGUCUGCUUCAAGACCUUCAACCGCUACAACAAUCUUCAUAUGCACUUGUGGGGUCAUGGAUCACAGUAUCGUAGAGGACCUAAAUCGCUGAAGGGAACACAACCACGGGCCAUGUUAGGCAUUCCCUGCUACUGUUGCGCCGAAGGGUGCAAGAACAAUAUCGAACACCCAAGAGCAAAGCCCCUGAAAGAUUUUCGAACAUUGCAAACACAUUAUAAGAGGAAGCAUGGACUUAAAACGUUCAUGUGUCGCAAGUGUGGAAAAUUCUUGGCUGUGAAAGGCGACUGGCGAACCCACCAGAAAAAUUGUGGCAAGCGUUGGCUUUGUGUGUGCGGCUCUGACUUUAAGCAUAAGAGAUCACUCAAAGAUCACAUCAAAUCAUUUGGCUUAGGCCACGGUCCCUCUCCUCCUUCGUUUGAUGGGGUCGAGCUGCUUGAUGAUGCUUCAUCUCUUCCUAUUUAAAAUAUUUGUGACGAACUGCAUGCUAGGUGCAUAUAUUAAGGGUCCAUCUUUGCUAAAAUCUAAUGCACCUCAAAUAGGCCAGUAACUAAAUCUGUUCGGCAAUGGCAACCUUUUUUACCCUCUCAUGAUAUUGGUUUUUGCUCUCUAGGAAAAAAUUAUGUCAUGUUUCCUUUUGCCCUUGUUGCCUCAAUGUGGUGGGAAGGGUGAUCUUUCAACUGGUUGGAAAACAU